AAAAAAAAAAUAUCUACUCGAGUCCAAGAUAAAGAUCUCACGUUGCUGGGAAACACUGGACAUAAACAAGCAAAAAAUAAUGACCACACCACCACCAUAAACAAAAUAUUGUUAAGCAGAUUAGUCCCUGCUUAUCCCGCUUUCAGGGGCAGUGGGCUCUUAAGUUGCCUCCGUCCUCGUCUUGGUUUCUGUUCGCAAUCUCCCCCGGGUCAGUGAAGGAAACACGGGUGCGCAACAGCACAGACUGCGCUUGGUACAGUGCGAACAGAACAGAGAGAGAAAUUGGCAGAGCGAGGAAGAAUAAUGAUCCCGCGCUCGUGAGAAUCGGAUUUUUUUUUUGCGCCCACAGGAGAAAAACCGCAGCAAUGAAUAAAUAAACGGGGCGGUUGUAAAACUCCAGGCGGAUCGGCCAGUCGUGACCACGGUGGCUACGUACGCAUGUAAGAUUCGUUUCUUGUCAAUUCAAGUCUAUGGCCGGUCGAUCGGACGCUUGAUUUUGGCACCAUACAAGAAGAGCAGCAGCCGCAUAGCCGUGCUCAGAAUGCGGGCGUGAGAGACGGGCUACGGCGGGGGAAUUAAAGUGCAACGGUGGGCGAGUGAACGGCUCCCCCACAACAGUCUCGAGGGCCAGGGGGUGUGUGCGACUGCAGGGCACCAGCAGCAUGUCGAACCGAAAACACCGGGACAACCAGGAGAUAUGCGCCCGCAAGGUCCGCGAGCUCGCCCAGACGGGAGUGAACAAGCACUGCUUCGAGUGCAACCAACCCGGGGUGACUUACAUCGACAUCACCGUGGGGUGCUUCGUGUGCACGUCGUGCUCCGGAAUGUUGAGAGGACUCAACCCACCACACAGAGUUAAGUCUAUUUCCAUGACAACCUUCUCCCAACAGGAAGUGGAGUUCUUGCAAAACCAAGGCAAUGAGGUUGGAAGGAGGACCUGGCUCUGCACAUUUGACCCCAAAACCGACAGCUGUUUUGAUGCACGGGACACGCAGAAGCUGAAGGAGUUCUUGCAGGACAAAUAUGAGAGGAAGAAAUGGCAUUUCUCUAAAAGCAAGAUGCGCAGGGAUACAGACACACCGUGGGGUCCAGGGGUUCAGGCUGUUCCAGCUCCACAUGGGCCUGCUCAGAAUCAGCCUCCGCCUGGACAUCCACUGAACCCCACCAACCGGCCCACUCGCACACUGUCCCAGUCCCAGUUGUCAAUAUGGGACAGAGCUCCUGCUGUCUCUCCGGCUGAUAGCCGUACUGAGGUGUUCACUGCCAGACCAAUUCGCUCACAGAGCUUUAGAGACCAUCCUAUUAAAGACACAUUGUUAAGUGGUGUGGAGAGACAGAGACCAGGAGCAAUGUCUUCAGGAAUUGGACCCCAGAAUCAUCCCUCCUCUUUCCCAGCCCUGCCACGUCCUUCAGCCAGUAGCACUUUCAAAAACAGCUUUACUUUAGGUCGCACUCUUUCAACUGGGGGCGGGGCUCCAUUCAGAGCCUUCCCUAAAUCGAUGAGUUUGGAUUUCGGGGGGUUAAGCCACGCCCACAACGCUCUCAGUUCUGCUGCUCCGGCCCCUGCCACUCAGGACAAGUAUGCAGCCUUAUCACAGCUCGAUAAAGUGUUCUCGGACAGCACACCUGUCACAGCCAUUACAACAGCUCCCUCUGAUGGACCUCCUCAGUACAGCACCCUCUUUGGUAACCGACUGUCCUCCAAUUCCACCCCUGCAAGCUCCCCAGGAGUUCCAGAGGCCACAUCUGGAUCUCAGACAUUUACAAAUUUCCCAAACCCCUUCAAUUCCACAGCCAGUUGUGCUCAGCCUGUUCUUUCUCCUAGUAACCCCUUCAAAAGCACAACCUCAGAUGAUGCCUCCUCCUCCUCAGCUGUUUUUCCUCAGUCUGUCUGUUUUCCUGCACCCACCGCCACCCAAAGUGCUUUUUCACAUCAACAGUCUAAUAACCAGGAAGCGAAUGGUUUCAGCUCAUUUCCUGCUCCGGAGUCCAUCCCUAAAGUCCCACGACCAAUGUCUGUCAAUCCUUUUACUGGGAAUGUUUACCCAACCAGAGGAGCAUCACUGAACCCUUUUAUCUGAUCCUGAACCACCUCGACCACAGAGAAAGAAGAGAGCCAGUGUUUACUUUGCCAUACCUACAGAAAACAUCCAAAACUUCUGCGUGUGUAUGUGUCUUCAUGUACGUUUAAAAGCGUGUGUGUGUAUGUAUGUUAGCCAGUAUUGUAACCAUUUGUAUAUGCUUUGUUGUAUGUGUGCGUGAGUGUGUGUUCAUACAUGCCCUUUUCUACCAAAUGCUAUAGUAAAUCAAGCUCUGUGUGUGUGUGUGUGUUUGUGUGGGUUUCGCCUAAAAUCUGAGUUAUUUUUUCUGAUGACAGGAGAACUCUGGAUGAAAGGUGCUUAUGAGAGCCAUUAACACUGCACACACACAAGCUGCUGCUUUCACCUUUCCACACACUAGAUCUUCUCGUGCCAAUAUUGCCCUAACCUGAGUGCCGCUUACUUCUAAAAACACUGAGGUCGACAAUAAAACGGUAGCAAUUCAAGCUUCAGAUCACCUCAGCAAUGCAUUUCUCCUCAGUGCCAAUUUGGUUUAUUUGAUUCAGAUGCAUGUUAAUGAGACGGCGUAAACAAAACAGACAUUUCCCUCACUCGCCUGUCUGUGUAUGUACAGUAUGCCAGGCUUGUUUCUAUUUAUUUUGACGUUGACGUUUCAUUUCAAGCGUUUAAAAGUAUUGUGUGUGCGUUGUCGGACUGCAUGCGCUUCUUAAGCUGAGCAGGAAGCUGCUGAAUGUAUCGCAGUUUUCAGUGAUUAUGAGGGAAAAACGUUUCUCUUAUGGACCAAAAAUUGUCUAAUAUCGUCAAGUGUCCUGUAUAAUGUAGAGAUGGUUUGUUUUUCGCAAAAAGGACUCAUAUAGAAUGUCUGUGUAUUGAGAUGUAUCCAUACGCAUAAAGCUAUCCAUAACUGUUGUGUCGACGUGUAUCUGAUUGUCUGUGAUGCAAAUCAGAUUUGCUGCUUUCGGAAUUUCAUGCAAUAUCUUUUUAUGACAGCAUCAUUUAUAUUUUUCUGUGAAGAUCAUUAUCGCAUUAUGAAUGUAUAUGCACUCUAUGAGCAUUAGGGCUUUCAACUGAAAAAUUAAAAUGAAAAGUAUAAAUUUCACCUCUCA